CCUAUUGUUAUUAGUUGUCCUUUUGAUUGCUCAUCUUCUUAUAUGCUAUAGACUCCUUUACGUAAAACCACCGUGGGGAGAGGAGGCUCCCGCUCAAUACCCUAUCUCCUCCACCGCCUCCGCCUCCGCCUCUGCCCCCUCCUCUUCUCCCCACAGUCGUCUAUUCUCUAUCUGGUAAAAUUAUAAUGGCAGCAUAUUAUUGAAAAUAUCUCCAAUCCACAUGUGGAAACAAAUCUUGAUGUCACAGGUAUUAGCUGUCUCUGCCUGCCACCCAUAUUUCCCUCUCUUCAAUGACUGCCUGCAAUUUUUGUUUCUUGAUAAUGUAAUACUGUCUUCUCCAAUUUAAACUGUUAGCAUAUAUUUAAACAGACCACACCCACAUCUAUCUACCCAUUGCAGACAACACUGUUUUAUUCUCCUCUUCAUGCACUUCCAGUUUCUAACCUAACCUAAACUACAGCCAAAACCCUCUCUCUCUUUUCUCUUCUUCUUGCUCUUAAAAUAAAAUGCAUUCCCAAAACCCAAAAACAUUUACAAAAAUAUUACAGAAUCAGAAUAACAUACAACAAUGUCUUAUGAGCCUAACCCUUGAUUCUUCACAAGAUCAGAAAUCUUCUGCUCUUAUUGGUGACUACAUUGGUGUUGAAAGCUGUCUUGAUCUGGAAAAGAAUGAAGAUGUUUUCUCUUCAUCAUCAAAGAAACUAGAAACAAAGAUUUUAAGGAAUCAAAGGUAUUGUAACAUAAAGAAGAAAGAAUUUCCACCUCCAAUACCUUCAUUAGCUCGAACAGGUAAUUUGCCUUCACGAAUGCCUUGGGUUUUGAGGAGAUAUUAUACUAAUGAUGGAAGAUUGAUUCUUAAAGAAGAAAGAGUUAAGCAUCAUGAGUAUUUUCGUGCUCAUAGAAGCAAUGGUAGGCUUACUUUACAACUUGUUCCUUUGGAUGAUGAGGUUUAUCCACCUCUUGAUUAUUCUGAUGAUGAAGAAGAAGAAGAAGAAGAAGAAGAAGAAGGUGAUGAUGAUGAGAAAUUUGAAGAAAUCCAAGGAAAUGAAAAUGAGCCUCUUGAGAAUUCUUGCAGUGAAGAAGAAAAAGAAGGGGAAGGAGAAGAGGAUGAAAGUGAUGAUUGUGUUGGUUAUUAUAAAAGUGGGAUUAGCGGAAAUGUGGGUCCAUUUAAGUGCUUGAAUUAUAAUACUGUAGCAACAGGAGGAUCUACUUGUAGUAGAAUAUUUACAGUGCCUUUACCAGCUGUGAGGCCUAUUCAUAGUUAGAAAUGUAAAACAGAAAGAAAGAAAGAACGAAAGAAAAGAAGAACAGAGAGUGGGGUUUUGUUUGCAAGUGGAGGAUAAUGAUCAGAUGUAAUUUGGUGUAGAUGUUUAAUUAUUAGUUUUGAUAGAUUCAAUUAAAAAUUAGUUUUAUAUUUAUAUGUUUUAUUAUGUUCUUAAUGGGAGGCUGUAGUACCAGUGUAUCGGAAAGAGUAGGUUUUCAUAGUCUACUGAUUUUUCUUAAUUAUUUGAAAUUAAUUUAACAUGAAUUUUUAUUUUUUUUA